AUGUUUCCCGCUCGAACCAUCCUCGAUCCGAUUAUAGCAAUCGCCGCCGGAGUCCUCUUCAUCGCCUACCUUCGUACGGAAUACCUAGCACCUGUCCCGACCGAAGUCGCGACGCUCAAGUACCCACACGAAUUCGGAUUUCCCGCUUGGUUCUCAAAGGGUCCUAGUCCAAACGAUGUGGUAGAGGAAGAUCUGGUCCAAACAGGUGAUCCGGAGGAGAGGAUUUUGAUCUUGCACGACCAUGAAGAUCACGAUCCGGCGACUUUUGUCAUGGUUCACUACUUUGAGGAUCUGAAAGCCGACAAGAUCUUGGCUACUGUCAGGACUGUACAAGAACACGCAGCUGUCGAGCAGGAGGACGAGACUUGUCCGUGGUCCUGGAUCUUGACGAUCGGAGGCAAUGCACAUGGUACAGGCGUAUCAUCUGGCUGCGACACGGUUCCAGUGAUACAAUACGGUACGAAAAACCCACCGAACGCAGCUCAAUUAGACUUGGGAACCGGAGUCAGCUUGUUGGACUCGUCCAGGUUUGACCAGGUCGCCGUGACUUCAUCGCUGUACACCAAGACUCAUGAACAAGUCGGCCUUAUCGCUUUCGUCUUGCCAGCUGUAAGAUUGUCUGAAAUUCUUGCAAAGGCAAAUCCCGCGGUUUUCUGGCCGGAAAACAAGCCGUUCGCUACACGUCGCAAGCAGGUCACAUUUUUCACGUCGCACGAGACCUGGACGCACAAGGCUCAAUUGGAAGAUCGUUUGCCGUCGGGUUGGAGGAGUGUAUUGAUACCUACGGUAGAUCAACACGAAAGACUGCCUGCAAAAGUGCUGCGAAAGCUCAAACACGCCGAGAAGACGCUGGCUGGAGAAAUGCGAAAUAGCGGCGUCUGCGUAUUCGACGAUUGGUCGACAGGAAUCCUCACCGAGUUACAUUCGCAAGCUAUGCUGUCGGGCUGCGUCGUCGCCACGGUGACUCCUACUAUUCAGUCGGACGACCUGUCCGACCUGUUCCUUAUUGUACAGCGACCCAACGGAGAUGCCACCGAACGGGCCAUGUUCGCAGCUGUCAAUGAAGCCUUGCGAACGGCUGACCACGCCGAGCUGGAUAGAAAGGCUCUUUGGGGUUUCAUUUACGCUCGUCAGAAAUUGACGUUUGCAAAGAGACUGUCGGAUAUCAGGCUUUGGGUUCAAGGGUAUCGAGAGGGCCAACGAGGGAUAAUGUUGCCCUUUGGAUACAAACAUGUAUUGUAG